GCUGCCGCUCACCCCGUGUCUUCCAGCCACUUCCUUCUUUGCUCUCCCUCCCCACAGGCUCACCCUCUCAACCUCCUGGGGGCCAUCAUGAAUGGUACCCCCACCCCGGAGGACGGGGCCUCCCCCUCCCCUCCCCCUGGGCCACCUCCACCUCCUCCUAGCUGGCGAGAGUUCUGCGAGUCCCAUGCCCGGGCAGCUGCUCUGGAUUUUGCCCGCCGUUUCCGCCUCUACCUGGCCUCCCACCCACAGUAUGCCGGGCCUGGGGCAGAGGCUGCCUUCUCCCGCCGUUUUGCUGAGCUCUUCCUGCAGCACUUUGAAGCUGAGGUGGCCCGGGCCUCUGCCUCCCUCUCACCACCGAUCCUGGCUCCCCUGAGUCCUGGAGUGGACAUCCCACCGAAUGACCUGUCCCUUGAGAGCUGCAGGGUGGCCGGACCCCUGGCAGUGCUGGGCCCUUCUCGGUCAUCUGAAGACCUGGCCUGCCCCAUCCCUUCUUCAAUCUCCUCCUCUUCUACAACCUCUUCCAAGCCGAAGCUAAAGAAACGCUUCUCCCUCCGCUCUGUGGGCCGUUCGGUCCGGGGCUCAGUCCGUGGCAUCCUGCAGUGGCGGGGGACUGUGGACCCUCCUUCCUCAGCUGGACCCCUGGAGACCUCAUCUGGCCCCUCAGUCUUAGGGGGCAACAGCAACUCCAACUCCUCUGGUGGGGCUGGGACCAUUGGGAGGGGACUGGCUGGUGAUGGAACGUCCCCUGGGGAAAGAUGGACUCACCGUUUUGAGAGGCUGAGACUGAGUCGGGGCGGGGGCACCUUGAAAGAUGGUGUAGGGAUGGUACAGAGGGAAGAGCUGCUGAAUUUCAUGGGGGCUGAGGACGCAGCCCCUGACCCAACUGGAGUGGGCCGGGGAGGAGGGGCAGCCGGGCCGACUUCAGGGGGAGGGGGGCAGCCUCAGUGGCAGAAGUGUCGCUUGCUGCUGCGAAGCGAAGGAGAAGCAGGAGGAGGAAGUCGCCUGGAGUUCUUUGUACCACCCAAGGCAUCCCGGCCCCGACUCAGCAUUCCCUGCUCUACCAUCACAGAUGUGCGGACCACCACAGCCCUGGAGCUGCCUGACCGGGAGAACGCGUUUGUGGUUAAGGUGGAAGGCCCUGUUGAGUAUAUCCUGGAGGCACCUGACGCUCUCCACAUGAAGGCCUGGGUGUCUGACAUCCAGGAAUGCCUGAGCCCUGGACCCUGCCCUGCUACAAGCCCCCGUCCCAUGACCCUCCCUCUGGUUCCUGGAGGCUCAUUCCCAACAAGGGAAAAUACGGACAGCUUGGAGCUACCCUGCCUGAAUCACUCAGAAAGCUUACCCAGCCAGGAUCUGCCGCUCGGCCCCAGCGAGAGCAAUGACCGCCUGUCACAGGGGGCAUAUGGGGGCCUCUCAGACCGACCCUCGACAUCUAUCUCCCCCAGUUCCACCUCCAUUGCUGCCUCCCAUUUUGACUCAAUGGAACUGCUCCCUCCAGAGUUGCCCCCCCGAAUCCCCAUUGAAGAGGGACCCCCACCAGGGACAGUUCAUCCCCUCGCGGCCCCUUACCCUCCCCUGGACACUCCGGAAACAGCCACAGGGUCAUUCCUGUUCCAGGGAGAGUCAGAGGGCGGUGAGGGGGACCAGCCCCUCUCAGGAUACCCUUGGUUCCAUGGGAUGCUCUCUCGACUCAAGGCUGCCCAGUUAGUGCUGGCAGGUGGUACUGGCUCCCAUGGCGUGUUCCUGGUACGUCAGAGCGAGACGAGACGAGGUGAAUAUGUCCUCACUUUCAACUUCCAGGGCAAGGCCAAGCACCUGCGUCUGUCACUGAAUGAGGAGGGUCAGUGCCGGGUCCAGCACCUGUGGUUCCAGUCCAUUUUCGAUAUGCUCGAGCAUUUCCAGGUGCACCCCAUCCCUCUGGAGUCUGGAGGCUCCAGUGACGUUGUCCUUGUCAGCUAUGUCGUAGCCUCCCAGCGGCAGCAGGGCCGGGAGCAGGCCGGGAGCCAUGCAGGGGUGUGCGAGGGAGAUCGAUGCCACCCCGAUGCCUCCUCCACCCUCAUGCCCUUCGGAGCGAGUGACUGUGUAAUCGAACACCUCCCGUGACCCACCCCAGUCCUCUGAACCCCCUUCAUGGACAGAUCCCCCACAUUCUGGGGCAGAAGAGGCGUCGGGGGCGCCAGAAAGGGCGGCAGCAACAGCCACAGCAGCCAAAGAGAGGCAAGAGGAAGAGAAAGCAGGCAGUGGAGGGGUCCAGGAAGAGCUGGUCCCCGUGGUUGAGCUGGUCCCCGUGGUUGAAUUGGAAGAGGCCGUAGGACCAGGCGCGGAGGCCCGGGAAAGCACUGGAUUUGGUGGGGACACGGGGAUGACCCUGGCGGUGCAGCUCCAGCAGUUACCACUAGGGGGCGACGGAGAAGGGGGCCAUCUCAGAGCCAUUAAUAACCAGUAUUCCUUUGUGUGAG